GACAGUGUAAACCUAAGCCCAGGGAACUAACCCCCUGCCUUGCCCUGUCCGCCCUUCGCCUCUGGAUUGCCGCGAGGAUCAAGAGCUCAGGGUUGACUGCGCUCUCACGCCAACCUUCGGGGCCCGCAGCCACCACACCCCGGCGCUGGAGCCUACGAAUACUCUCCACAGCCUCAAGAGAUCCAUCCGGUCCAGCAGGUGUGUCCCCCAUCCGCACCUGCGGGCGUAGCCGCAGCCUCCGGGUUCACCUGGCGCCGGAGCCCAGGAGGGAGCGGAUCCACAAUUUGACACAGACCCGGACAGAAGGCGAAGGGAGGGGCGCCCUCGGCCCGCGAGAGGAGCAGCCCCAAACCCCAGCCCAGGAGCCCUGGGUCCAGCCUCUCCUCCCCGCGGGGGAUACAAGCUCUGCUCCCCCAACGCCCCUCCCGGAGCUCCCCGUCCGCCGCGCCGGCGCCGGCGCCGGCGUGGGGAGAGUUAAUUUCAACAGCCUCUCCCAGGAUUCCGGGGGCCGGGUCGUCCAGAGCACCUCCCAUUGGCCACGGAGCCGGCUCGGCGCUGAUUGGCUGGCGCUCCCGGCUGCGGCUCUCCCCGGCUCCCGAUUGGGCGCCGCGCUCCAGUGACUGGAGUGUGGCGGCCCGGCCUCCGCUGGCUACCCCUGGCCGGAGCUGCAGCGGGCUUCGGCAGCUGCCCGGGGACGCUUAUCCCGGGCUGGAGUCCAGACUUGCUUCCCCGAUACAGAUCGAUCCCGUUGCCUUCCCCGGGACGCCACCGAUCUUCUCCAGGAUCCUUUCCUCCGUAACCUGCUGUUUUUCUUUUUCCUUCCUCCCGGCUCCCAUCUCCCGAAUCCGCAUUUCCCUCCCCUGCUCCUGGGCCCCCGUAGCCGACCAUCCUCAUCAUUCCACCUGCCAUCCUCCUGACUUCCGCCCUUCCUUGGCCUCAAAUCCUUGACCGACCGAGCCCUGCCAUAACCUUCUCACCAGGCUCUCCUAAACUCCUUUUUCUUCUCUCUUUGCCAGCUCCUGACUCCCAAAUUCCAGCUAACCCUUGACCUCUUGACAUUUGACCCUAACAGUCUCCGCUCCAGACCUCUCAAUUCCUAUCUCCUGCAGCCCGGACUGCUAAGACUGAGGCCCUCCCCCUGAUUUCUCACCCCCCCCCCCCCCCCCCGUUUCUGAAGCUCAGUUUUACUUUUUUACUCCCGGGCCACUUCCUGUUACUGCUACCCCACCAUGGACUUCUUGAUGAGCGGCCUGGCAGCCUGCGGGGCCUGUCUGUUCACCAACCCCCUGGAAGUGGUAAAGACCAGAAUGCAGCUGCAGGGAGAAUUGCAGGCCCCGGGCACCUACCAGCGGCACUACCGAAACGUCUUCCACGCCUUCAUCACCAUCGGCAGGGUGGACGGCCUGGCUGCCUUGCAGAAGGGACUGGCCCCCGCCCUCUUAUACCAGUUCCUGAUGAAUGGCAUCCGCUUGGGCACCUACGGGCUGGCUGAGGCUGGGGGCUACCUGCACACUGCCGAAGGCACCCUCAGCCCUCCACGAAGCGCAGCAGCUGGGGCCCUGGCUGGGGUCAUGGGAGCCUACUUGGGGAGCCCCAUCUACAUGGUGAAGACACACCUACAGGCACAAGCAGCCUCGGAAAUUGCGGUAGGGCACCAGUAUAAGCAUCAGGGCAUGUUUCAGGCGCUAAGCGAGAUUGGCCAGAAACAUGGUCUGGUGGGGUUGUGGCGUGGGGCCCUGGGCGGCCUGCCCCGAGUUAUCAUCGGUUCCUCCACCCAGCUGUGCACCUUCUCAUCCACCAAGGACCUCAUCACGCAGUGGGAGAUACUUCCUCCCCAGAGCUGGAAAGUGGCUCUGGCAGCUGCCAUGGUGAGUGGCAUUGCAGUGGUCCUGGCCAUGACGCCGUUUGAUGUGGUCAGCACGAGGCUCUACAACCAGCCCACGGACUCGCAGGGCAAGGGCCUCAUGUACCGGGGGAUGCUGGAUGCUCUGCGGCAGACCGCUCGGACAGAGGGCAUUUUUGGCAUGUACAAGGGUAUAGGUGCCUCCUACUUCCGCCUUGGCCCCCACACCAUCCUUUCCCUCUUCUUCUGGGACCAGUUACGCACCCUCUACCACACGUACACCAAAUAACAGCCAGUCCUUCCCACACCACCACAUCAGCACUCCUUAGACACUUCUGCCUCCACUAUUGUGUUCUCGUGACUUCUGACCAGUGGAUCUUUUCGUCCAUCCAAAGGGAACCGCCUACGCCACUCCCUAACUGUCUUCUCAGGGUUGAAUCACUACAAGGGAUAGUUUCCCUCCCUUUCUUGGGUGUCACGUUCUUUAAACCUUCCCUACCCGUCCCCCUGGACACUUCAUACCCCUCUCUCAGGGCUGAACCGGUCACUCCAAAGUAUUUCCUCCUUUUAUUUGGGCAGCCUUGGGUCCCUUCUGCUCUGAUGCACAAACUUUACACUCCCCACUCCAAGACCAAAGGGAACCCGGCGGGGGGCGGGGGGGGGGGGGUCCAGGUGUCUUGUUAGAUGCAAUGGCACAGAGAUUAUCUUGGGUAUAAAGCAAGUUUAUUUCUGCAGA